CCUCUCGUCCUGCCUUUCCUUGUCUUGUACCCAAACAUGUGGCCGCGCCCUUUCCAUUCCAACAACUCAUCUUCAAACGCUAGCCUCCGAAUCAUCUGUGUGUAACUUUCUACGCCCAGCUCUUCCAAGAUUCCAAGGCCGUUUGAAGGAGUUCCCCAAGUACUUCCUACACUCUCGCUCCUGGGAAGAGAAACAACAUUUAGUUCUUCAAAUAAGUUUUAACUUUUUGGAAUUCUUCCCAUCUCAUCUUCACACCAUUUCGCAAUGGGCUUCUUUUUGCCGUCGAUCAAGUAUCCACCAGCACGACCAGAUGAGGGUUACUGGAACCCGGUCACUUCAACAAUCAACUGGUGUGAAGAGGACUAUUACGCUACAAUAUACUCGGCUGAAAUUGUCAAUACCCUAACCAAUUUGUUAUUCAUUGCUCUGGGAGUCAAAGGAAUCCGGAAUUGUUUGAAGUAUGGCCAUGACAGCAUCUUUGUGGUGUCUUUCUGUGGAUAUUUGCUUGUUGGGAGUGGUUCUUUUGCCUUUCACAGCACAUUGAAGUAUCCGAUGCAAUUGCUGGAUGAGCUUUCAAUGAUCUACACGGCGACCAUUAUGUGUUAUGCGACUUUCUCGUUUUCUCAGUCCAGACCUGUCCGCCAGUUGUUAGGUGCAGGAUUGCUUUCCUUGGCAGUAUUCAUUACGCUCUACUACCAUUAUCUCCAAGACCCCGACUUCCACCAAAACGCCUUUGCCCUUCUCCUGAUUGUUAUAAUGGCUCGAAGUACAUAUGUGAUGGAAGUCAACAUCAGACCUUCUCUGAAAGAAAAAUAUGGCACAAAGUCUCCAACAGGAGUUGAUUCUGGCUCUGUCACGCCAGAGGAGCGUUUGGAGAAUGACGAUAGGGAUAGAGCUAUACUCAAAAAUAUGUGGAUAAUGGUCGUUCUUGGGUUGGCGAUCUUCUUGGGCGGUUUUGGAAUAUGGACGUUGGACAACCAGUACUGCUCGAAGAUCCGCCAUUGGAGACAUCAGGUUGGACUGCCAUGGGGGAUACUCCUUGAAGGACAUGGAUGGUGGCACUUAAUGACCGGAGUUGGCGCAUACUAUUACAUCGUUUGGGCUGUUUGGCUACGACAUUGCCUCAACGAACGACAAGACGAGUUUGUAUUGAAUUGGCCCUCUGUCUUUGCUCUUCCAGAGGUAAUUUCCUCAGAAGACCUUGAAAAGAAGAGGUGCCAGAGAGGGACAAAUGCUUCCUCCAAUGGACACGUCCAAGCCAACGGGAAGAAGCAGCCUAAUGGGAAUGGCAAUGGCUACGGCCAUGGGACAAGAGAAGACCGAAAAUCCGUGUAGGGAGUAGGGAUGUUUGACAGACGUUUUGGAUGAUGAUAGACCGAAGACUUGUGCAUAGAAUUAUACCCCUUCUCUUUGGUUCCUUCGAUGAUCCUUGGAGAUAAUAAUAGAAUGCAUUUCUUACAAGAAGCAGAUAUGGUGAUUUUGGCCGUUGUUCAACCACAGAUUUAACAGAACAUCUAUUGUUUCAUUUAGUCUAGAAUUCAACGUGGAUUUCGAAAUAG